UAUUUUCAUAAACCCAAGAGUUUCUGUCUCUCAGGAUGAAGGUGAGUGUUGCUCUGCUAAUGCUGUGCUGUCUGUCACUCAGUUAUUUGGUGGCCAAUGGAGAAAUCAACCAGCCCCACAUCUGGUCUGAGAUGAGAGAUUUAAGAGACAAGUUGGAUAUGACAAUGAAAGACAAUGCAAAAAUGGCAGAACAAAUACUGGAGCUGAAGAAAGAGAAUGCAGGGAUAUAUGAGCGAAUGAAGAUCGGUGAAACCCAGCUGGACGCCUUUAAGAGAGAACUUGCAGAACAACCUAAAGUGGCAUUUUCAGCUGACUUAGGGAUCCAUGGCAAUUUAGGUCCCCAGAAAACUGAGAUCACACUGACCUUCAACAAUAUCUUCACAAAUAUUGGUAACAACUACAACCCAACAACAGGUCUCUUCACUGCACUAGUUAAAGGAGUCUACUACUUCAGAUUCACUGCAUGUGGUGUUCAAAAAAACCAGUCAAUGGGUGCAAGUUUACAUAAAAAUGGGCAGAAGAUUGUGUCAGUGGGACAAUGGCAUCAUCACGAUCAGCACAGAUUCGCAUCAAAUGGAGUUGUCCUGCAGCUGGAAGUGGGUGAUGUAGUUUGUAUGAAGCUCCUCCCAGAUUACACCAUCUAUGACAGUCCAGGUAACCUCAGCACUUUCAGUGGAUUCCUUAUCUACCCAUUAUAGUGAUCAACCAUUGCCAUUCACAGCUGUAUUAAAACAUGGACACUUUUGUUGAUCUUCUGGAUGUUCAUUCUCAUCUGUGCUCUUUUUCUACUUAAGUUUUGAAUUUUCAAUUAUAUAAAUACAAUCUACAUAACUGGUUGCUCUUUUAGAAAUUCACAAUCACACUUAUGCUGUAUUAAGCUUAUACUGCAUGGAAAAGUCAGUAACUGUAAUAAUGAUUUUACAUGCUGUUUUUUGCAUUUAAUAAAUUCUCUAUGCCUAAACGUC